AUGCAUGCCUGUCUUGUUGCCAUUUUGAUUGAGAAAAAACAAGUUGCUUUGGGUUAUUCGUGGGGAGGGUGGCCCCCCAGAGCUCGGAGGUGCGCAAGGGAAGAUAAGUUGUGUACAAUGCAUCUCACAGCUAACGGCAAAUGCAAUUUGAAAUUGGUUCCAAGUGUGCGAAACUCCAACUCCACCUGUGUGGUGGACCAAGGAUUGAGGAAGUUGAUGAAAAAUGACAAGACUUACUUAAAGCAAAAAUAUCACUUGAUAAGAGUUUCUUAUAAAAUUGAUAUUAAAAG